UUGGUGCUGCGAGAUUACAGUGAAGGGAGGGCUGGCUGCAUGGCGAGCUGAAGAGACAAAACAAAAGCUCUUACAUUUCAACUAACAGGCGCUGGUCGCUUUUUUAUUUUAAUAUUUUAUUAACCAAAAACAUAUAUUACUUUUUUAUAUUCUUUUUAUUUUAACAGCAAUAUUAGGUAGGUUUUGCAUGAUGCCAAGCAGCACGUCUUUGUUGGAGGCCGAUGAGGGAGAGUCCGAGCUCCCACCGCCGCUGGUACACGCUUUCGCCGGCAUGGGCCUCGACGAGCACCACGGCAACCAGAGCCAGGCUCCUGAACAACCAGAAGAUGGUGUUUCCUUUCACCAUCAGCUCCCCGCAGUAUCUCAUUUCAGCAUCCUCGGUACAGUCCUGGACUUGAAGCCGCUGCACCGGUCGCCCUCGGGGGAUGAAGUGAACAAAUCGGCAGAGGACGAGGAGAUUGAGGGGAUAGCGGCAAGUUGUUCGGGCUCGUUGCUAGCGAAGGCCCACCGCCAUCAGCACCUCCCAUCGGGGCAGAGCGGUACCGCGAUGGAGCCGCCGCACGUCGAGACGGUGUUGUUAUACAACGGAGAGGAGCGGGAUGACGCUCUACCUCCGCCCGGCAUGGUGAUGCUUCCACCCGGUGUUUACGAGGCAGAACAUUCGCUUCUGUCUCGCAGAAAGAGCGUCAACACGACCGAGUGUGUGGCGGUGCCGAGCUCCGAACAUGUUGCAGAGAUUGUGGGGAGGCAGGGCUGUAAGAUCAAGGCCCUUCGAGCCAAGACAAACACCUACAUUAAGACGCCAGUGAGGGGAGAGCAGCCCGUCUUCGUCGUGACCGGCCGCAAAGAGGACGUGGCCAUGGCGAAGAGGGAGAUCCUCUCUGCCGCUGAGCACUUCUCCCUGAUCAGAGCCUCCAGGAACAAAGCCGGCCCUUUGUCAGCUGCAACUAGUUUAGGGACUCCUGCUCUACCCGGGCAGACAACCAUCCAGGUGCGGGUCCCGUAUCGAGUCGUCGGGCUGGUUGUGGGCCCCAAGGGAGCAACCAUCAAACGCAUCCAGCAGCAGACUCAUACCUACAUCGUGACUCCUAGUCGGGACAAGGAGCCGGUGUUUGAGGUCACUGGGAUGCCGGAGAACGUGGACAGGGCGAGGGAGGAGAUAGAGGCGCACAUCGCCCUCCGCACCGGCAGCUGUGGGGGUGUCGAGGCCCCGGGCGUGGAUAACAGCGAUUUCCAGUUCAACGGCACAGAUGUCAGCUUCGAGACCUCGGCACACUCGGCCGGUCUCGGAGAGGCCGGGUGGCUGCAUGCAGGGGCGUCGUCACCGGGGGGCGGGACCUUGCUGCCGGUCAGCGUCAGUGGUACUCAGAGGGGCAACAGCAAUAUCAGCAGCGCUGCCAGGAUGUCUUCCACCUACCGCAACGACAGCUCCAGCUCUCUGGGCAGCGGCUCCAGCUCGGCCGACUCCUUCUAUGGUGGCGGGAACGGGAACCGGAUGGCCGAUUUCAGCCCCACCUUCCCCUUCAACGCCAAUGCUAACAACAACAACAACAGUACAAGCAGCAGCACAAGUUUCUGGUUUGGCGACAGCCUCCUGGGCGUGGGCUCUGAGGAGCUCUUCAGCCUGGGAAGCGGAGCCUCCUCUUCAGGAUUUGAGCCGUUAACCAUUUCCACUGCCCGUACCUCGCAGUCCGCUGCCCCACCGCACAUCUGGAGCCCCUUCGUGGACCAGCAGUCACUUCAGGCCUUUGACUCCCUGCAGUCCCAGACCAGCCAACCCGGCACCCCCCGCCUCUCUCCAACCUUUUCGGGGACCGACGCCUUGGAGCACCCUCAGGCCCAGCGUGUUUACCGACGGCCUUUCGGCUCAACAGGAACGCUCGACGUCCACAGGAUCCCCUCCUACAGCUCUGCCUUCUCCUCCUCCUCCAGUGAAAGCACCACCUCCUCCUCGCCUCCCGAGUCCUCCUUCUCCUAUCGACCAGGAAUUGGAUUGUCCGGGAGGAGCCAGGAGAUCUGCAUCCAGUGUAUGGAGAACCAGGUGACCGCUGCCUUGGUUCCUUGCGGCCAUAACCUGUUCUGUCUCGAUUGUGCCACACAAAUCUGCCAGGGCCCGGAGGCCAUGUGCCCUGUGUGUCUGUCCCCAGCCACGCAGGCCAUUCAGCUGCGCAACAUCUGAUUAGUUUUAUUUUUUCCCCUCACUCCUGGCCCCCAGCGUGUGUUGGAUUUACAAAACAAGACCCCCUGAUCAGUAUAUAGGUAAACCCUCAGGCCAGCCUUUUCCAGGCUGGCAUUGGUUUGACAAAGGUGCAGCAAGUGGAAGUGGGAUAGGAAAGGUGUUUAUUGGGCGUGGGUGAUGAGCCCAGUCUUGUGCCUGCUAUUGUGAAGUCUUCUUGGUUGAAUAAGGGGAGGGCUUGGAGCUCUCUAUGUAGCAUUGGGAGGAUUUGGCUUUUUUUUUUUUUUCUGUUUUUCAUCUUUUUUUCUUAUUUAGAAUAAAAAAAAUUUCUUCCUCAUAAUUUUAUUUUUAUACAUCAAUGUAUAUAAGAAAAAUCUUUUGGCCUUUAUGGUCGACACCUUAUUUUUUACAUUUUAACAUCUCUGAUGUUUUAUGCUGAAAGAAAAGGAAGUGCGCAUGUUUUGCAUAAAGCAGGACUUCAUAUCAGUGCGACAGGAACGGAGACAACCAGGAU